AUGGAAAGGUUGGACCUCAUACCUUCAACUCCUUUGAGUACAAUCGUGUCUACUCUGGUUGUUUCUUAUAUUAUACCUGCUACAAUUCCUAUCACAAUUGUGGUUACUGCUGCUGCAACUAUUGGCUUUGGCAUGUCAUCCGAAUUUACUUACUCCUUUGGUCAUCCUUAUGGACCUCCUCAUGGGUUUCAAGGAUUCAUUCCUCCUCCAGAUUUGUCUCAAGGCUUUCCCACCAGUCCUUUUGGUCCCUAUGGUAUUUAUGGACCCCAACCUCUAGUUUCUCAACCGCUCACUUCACAAUACUAUGGCGCCAAUCCCUAUGGGGCUCAGCUUUCCAUGCCCAUAGGAAACCCUGGAUACACUGCAUCACCUGCCACUGUGUGUACUUACCCCCUUCAAGAGGACCCUAUUGAUUUAUACCACGGUCCAAGUAUCCACUCAGACGCUGCCAAAGAUGCAGUACAAGGUCAAAUUCAAGCUCUUACCAAGAAACUGAAUGCCCUCCAAGGGAAGGAUCUUUUUGGCAAGAACGCAGGCGAGAUGUGCCUCAUUCCAAAUGUGAGGAUCCCUUCUAAAUUCAAGGUACUAGAAUUCGAUAAGUACAAGGGCAAUACUUGUCCUCAGACUCACCUGGUCAUGUAUUGCAGAAAGAUGGUCGCUUACACAGAUGAUGAUAAGCUUUUAAUUCACUACUUUCAAGACCAUUUGUCUGGUGCUCCAUUGAGAUGGUAUAUGAGCUUGGAGCAUUCAAAUAUUAAAACUUUUCUCAAUCUUGGUGAGGCAUUUGUGCAACACUAUAAGUAUAACCAAGACAUGGCACCAGAUCAUACUCAAUCGGGUAACAUGUCCCAAAAGGAACGCGAAACAUUUAAAGAAUAUGGCCAGAGGUGGCGGGAAGUCGCUGCCCAAGUCACUCCAUCUGUUGAAGAGAAAGAAUUGUGUAAACUAUUCUUGAAGACCUUAGACUCCUUUUAUUACAACAAAUUCAGUUCCAGUAUGCCUCGUGACUUCACUAAGAUGGAAGGGGUCGGUGUGCAACUCAAAGAAGGAGUAAAAGAAGGAAGAAUAGCAUGUGAUAAUUCUUCAUUUGCUAGUAGCAACAAGAAGUUUGGUGGAUGGUAG